AUGAUCAUUGGCAUCUUCGUCAAGGACACCUGCAACCCUGAGAACCCUCAGGUCAAGGAGCAGAUCGACGCCAUCAUCAAGUGGGGACAGGCCGGCCACUGGGACCUUGUCGACCUCUUUGUCAUCGGUAACGAGUGCAUCUUCCAGGGCCGUUGCGACGCCGCCUCUCUGAAGACCCUCAUUGUCUCCGUCAAGCAGUCGUGCACCGCUGCCGGCUACAAGGGUCCUUACACCACUGCCGAGACUCUGAGUGUCUGGGAGCAGAAGGAGGUUGCCGCUAUCAUCUGCCCCGUCGUUGACGUUGUCGGUGGUCAGAUUCACCCCUACUUCAACGCUGAGGUCGCCCCUGCGGAUGCCGGCAAGUUCGUUAAGAACCAGCUUGACAUCCUCGAGAACAGCAUCUGUGGCAACAAGCCUGCCCUCAACCUUGAGUGCGGCUGGCCUACCGGCGGCAGCGCCAACGGCAAGGCCACCACCGGUAGGGCUGAGCAGACCUUGGCCAUCACCUCCAUCCGUGAGCUUGUUGGUGAAAAGACCGUUUUCUUCUCGUUCCACGACGAUGAGUGGAAGGAUCCUGGUGCUUGCGGCUGCGAGCAGUCCUGGGGCUGCGGUCAUCUCUUCGCGGGUGGUAACACGCCUUCGUACUAG